CACACAACAAAGAGAACAAGCAUCAAAUGCUUCGUCCUCAUCCUCAUUAAUUAAAAACACAUCAUCUUAUAAACAACAGUUAUUUGCAUCUAAAGCUUCUCCAUCUUUUUCGGUCAGAAGUGACACUCCCAAAAGUAUUUAUGAUAAACGAUCACCAUCACCCAAUAUCGCCUCAUCUCCUUUAAUCAAUAAUUCUUUCGAAGAUACUAAUAACCAAUGCCUAUCAAUAUUAAAUGACACCAAUAUCUCCUCAUCUUCUUUAAUUGGACCCUUUAAGAAUGAUUUGGAGAUUUGCCUAUACCGUGUACAGCAUUCCAAUCUCAUUAAGUUAAUAUUGAAUAUGAUAGAGGCAGGCGGCCAAGGUUUUACAGGUAUCCAAGAAAAAGCUGACAAGUUCAAUGUAUUACCAGAAAGAGAUCUCGGAACUCUUCAGAUGCAUCUUAAAGGCCUGUUUUUUCAUACCCGUACUGUAAACAAGCACAUUAUUGAUGUACUGGUCAAAUCUUUAUUUAAAAAUAUUCAAACAAAUGCAUCAGAAUGUACUACAUUGCAGCGAUGGGCCUUUGCUUGCUUCCAGAAUUAUAAUGCAUCUUUAAGAAAGGAACUUAGGAAUUUAGUUCCUGAAUUCAUAAGGAAAUAUAAAUUAACUAAGUCGAAGCUACCCGAAAUGAAGCAACUUUCUGAAUAUAUUAUGAAAAACAAUUGGCAAGCCUUUUUAAAACGCCAUAUGGAUAUUUUAGAUUUAGAGAAGACAUUCAGAAAGCAGCCUGAAAAUGUUGCCAAAUUUACCAAGUUCAUAUAA